AUGGGCGCAGGUUUCGUCGUCGGUGUUCUCGGAGUUCUGUUUCUCUCACACGCAGCCUACUCCACCAUCCAGUACAGGUCCUUGCUGAAAAUAACUGAGGACGAGUUCACUGGUCCUCCCAUCAAUGUGGUGAUGGAGUUGAUUGCAGGGUUAGUGUUAUGCAUGUGGGCUGCUUUAACUGUGCCCGGAAAGUUCCUGUCGAUACUUCCCCAGUCUGAUGAGAACCGGGUUGUUGCCUUGCCCUCCAAUCUGGAUUUUAUGAUCUUCAAUCAUCGUGGAAAAGCAUUUCCUCUGUCCAUUGAUGCGAAGUUGAAGUGA